CUCUUCUCAGCAAGGGAUCUAAAGGAUCUCGCCCGAUGCGAAUCGAUCGUUGGUAUGCCAGGCUCCUUAACUACGAUUUUGAAAUUGUGUACCGGCCAGGUUUACAAAAUCAGAUUGCUGACGGCCUAUCUCGCUUACCCGUGGGGUUGGAAGAUGAAAAAGAGAGACUCAGAGAGGCGGUAUUAGUUUCCAGUCUCGGAGCUAACCUGUCUGCCUUGACGAUCGAGGAACUACGAAGGGAAAAUUCUAACGAUUCUUUACUACAUGAGAUCACUGAAUAUGUGCAACAGGGCUGGCCCAAGAAUAACAAAAUCCCCGAACAUGUGACCACAGAGCCACCGGAAGAACGCCAGCGGAGCUGAUGCUAGGAAGGCCCUUACGCACAAAGUUAAAUGCUGCACAUAACCUUUUAUCAGCGAGAGAUGCCGAAGUUUCAAAUCGCAUAGCAGCUUACCAAAAUUCCUACGCUAAAGUAUCAACACCAAUGCAGCCCGGGACAUACGUUCGCGUCAAAAGCAGGGCGACAAAGAAAGGCACACCUUCGCUUUCCGCUCCAGUGCGCAUCGACCGUACGCUUGGCCCGGGCACCUAUCGAUUGGAGAACGGCCUAAUUGUCAACGCGCGUCGACUCCACACAGCUCACGGACCAGCUAAUCAGCCGGACCUAUCCGCGCGCGAAGACCCGGCUGAGUUACCAUUACCACGAAGUCAGCUGCGUCGGUCCGCGAGAACGGUGAAACCUAUUGAUCGCUACGAACCAGGUUGAGGCAGCUUUUCGGAGGGGGAACGAUAAUGUGGUAACCAGGUGAGCAACAUCGAUUGGCUCAAUCUCAUUGGUUGGCUUGCUGACUCAUUCCUACCUUACUAUUGGUCCGUGUGUCUGUCGCUUGACUCUCCGUUUCACAAGGGAUUGACUCAGUUGUACUUGGUUAAUUUUGCGAGAUA